AUGUCCUGGGCAAACCAAGGAAUGCAGGCGUUGAUCCCUGUGAUCAAUCGCGUGCAGGAUGCUUUCUCGCAGCUCGGCACAAGCGUCAACUUUGAAUUGCCUCAAAUCGCCGUCGUCGGAGGACAAUCCGCCGGAAAGUCAUCCGUUUUGGAGAACUUUGUUGGAAAGUGAGUCAUCUCGGGUUACGAAAUCUGAAAGCAAAUAAGCGAUAAACCGAAAAGACAAGACACACAUGCGACUUUUUCAGAGACUUCUUGCCGCGUGGAUCUGGAAUCGUCACCCGUCGUCCGCUGAUUCUGCAGCUCAUUCAAGAUCGCAAUGAGUACGCCGAGUUCCUGCACAAAAAGGGACAUCGAUUCGUCGACUUUGACCUGGUUCGAAAGGAGAUUGAGGAUGAGACGGACAGAGUGACGGGACAGAACAAGGGUAUCAGCCCGCAUCCCAUCAAUCUGCGUGUCUUCUCGCCAAAUGGUACCCUAGCCUGAAAACAUCUUACAGAAUAUUUCAAUGAUAAUUUUUCAGUUCUCAAUCUGACACUUAUCGAUCUGCCAGGACUGACAAAAGUGCCGGUCGGAGACCAGCCAGCCGACAUCGAGAAACAAAUUCUCGACAUGAUUCUCACAUUCAUUGGUCGUGAGACUUGUCUCAUUCUAGCCGUCACUCCAGCUAACAGCGAUCUGGCCACUUCGGAUGCGCUCAAACUCGCAAAAGAGGUGGACCCACAGGGUCUGCGCACGAUCGGAGUUCUCACCAAACUCGAUCUCAUGGACGAGGGAACCGACGCUCGUGAGAUUCUCGAGAACCGUCUCUUCCCACUUCGCAGAGGAUACGUUGGAGUCGUCAACCGCGGACAAAAGGAUAUUGUCGGUCGCAAGGACAUUCGCGCUGCUCUUGACGCGGAGCGCAAGUUCUUCAUCUCGCAUCCUUCGUACAGACACAUGGCGGAUCGUUUGGGAACCAGCUACCUGCAGCACACGCUCAACCAGCAGUUGACGAACCAUAUCCGUGACACGCUGCCAACUCUUCGUGAUAGUCUGCAGAAGAAGAUGUUUGCCAUGGAGAAGGAUGUUGCCGAGUACAAGAACUUCCAGCCAAAUGAUCCAGGCCGCAAAACCAAGGCUCUACUUCAGUACGUACAAAAGAAGCUGUAGCUAUAACACAAUAUUUGCUUUCAGAAUGGUUACCCAGUUUAAUCAGGACAUUGAGCGAUCCAUCGAAGGUUCAUCGGCCAAGUUGGUGUCGACCAAUGAGCUCAGUGGAGGAGCCCGCAUCAACCGUCUCUUCCACGAACGCUUCCCGUUCGAGAUCGUCAAGAUGGAGAUUGACGAGAAGGAGAUGCGCAAGGAGAUCCAGUUCGCCAUCCGUAACAUUCACGGUAUCCGUGUCGGACUUUUCACUCCGGACAUGGCGUUCGAGGCAAUCGCCAAGAAGCAGAUUGCUCGUCUCAAGGAGCCGUCGCUCAAGUGCGUCGACCUGGUCGUCAAUGAGCUUGCGAAUGUGAUCAGACAGUGUGCCGAUACGGUAGGGAGCUCAACAAUUGAAGAAGAGCCACACAUUUAUUUUUUCAGAUGGCUAGAUACCCGCGUCUCCGUGAUGAGCUCGAGCGUAUCGUCGUGUCGCACAUGCGUGAGCGCGAGCAAAUUGCCAAGCAGCAAAUUGCGCUCAUUGUCGACUACGAGCUCGCCUACAUGAAUACCAACCACGAGGACUUUAUCGGAUUCAGCAAGUACAAAUUUUUGUGUUCUACCCAGGUAAAUCUGAACUUUUAUUAAGUUACAGUGCCGAGGCGAAAGCGUCGCAAGGUCAAUCGGCCAAGAAGAACCUCGGCAACCAGGUGAUCAGAAAGGGUUGGCUCUCGGUGAGCAACAUCUCGUUUGUCCGUGGCUCCAAGGACUGCUGGUUUGUGCUCAUGUCGGACAGUUUGAGCUGGUACAAGGAUGAUGAGGUAUUUAUCGAUUUUAUCCAGGUUCCUCGGUAAUCGGUGUGUGUUUUCAGGAGAAAGAGAAGAAGUACAUGCUGCCGUUGGAUGGCAUUAAAUUGCGGGAUAUUGAGAGCGGUUUCAUGUCGCGCCAGCACAAGUUUGCGCUCUUCUACCCGGACGGAAAGUGAGUUAUAGUCUUUGAAUUUCAUCCAAACGCGCUUACACUUUUCUCAUUUUCAUUUUUAUUGUUCUCUUUCGAAAAAUCGAACGCUUUCUUUUAUCCACUCAUUGAUGUAUAGUAGCGACAGUAAAACGCAAAACCCAUAGUAUUGCAUACUACAUAGUAGAGAGAAACCGAACAAUUAGCGGAAUACACACACACACGUACACAUACAAACACACACACACGUACACAUACAAACACACACACACAAACGAAAAAAGACGCAUGUGAAAAACAAACGAUGACUGACUUGUUUUAUUUUUUCAGGAAGUGAGUGUAUAGUUUACUCUUUUUUGACACCCCCGCUUCUUCCUUCCAACUCUAUCUUUUUAUAUGAUGAUUUGUAAGACGAGACAUUUACUUGGUGUUGUACAUGUGAACAGUUUUUUGCUCCUUCCUUCUUUACCAGUCUUUCCACCUUUUGUCACCUUUGGUCGUUUUGUUUCCGAGUUGAUCGAUGAUUUUUUGCCCCUAGUCCAAGUUUUUGGCAGCAUGCCAUAUGCGUUUUAGAUUUUCAUCCUUUAUAGCAUGUGUCUACACGAAUUGUACUACUUUGGAGUCUACUAACUACCACUAAAACCCUGCUGACUUUCAGGAACAUCUACAAGGAUUACAAGCAACUCGAGCUCGGAUGCAACAAUCUGGAUGAGGUAGACGCGUGGAAGGCGUCGUUCUUGCGUGCCGGAGUCUACCCGGAGAAACAGAAAGCCCCCGAAGAUGAGUCGCUUCCGGAGAUGGAGGAGACGUCGAUGGACCCGCAGCUCGAGCGUCAGGUGGAGACUAUCCGCAACUUGGUCGACUCGUACAUGAGAAUCAUCACGAAAACCAUCAAGGACAUGGUCCCGAAGGCAGUCAUGCACUUGGUUGUCAAUCAGGUAUGGGCUCUCAGAUGGUAACAGCUGAACAAAUUGUUGAUUUUUAGGUGAGCGAGUUCAUGAAGGACGAGCUGCUGGCCCACUUGUACCAGUGCGGUGACACGGACGCGCUCAUGGAAGAGUCGCAGUUGGAGGCCCAGAAGCGCGAAGAGAUGCUUCGCAUGUAUCACGCGUGCAAGGAGGCGCUCCGCAUCAUCUCUGAGGUCAACAUGAGCACGCUCGGAGAUGCUCCGCCACCGCUUCCAAUGUCCGAUUACCGUCCACAGCCAUCGGGACCGUCUCCGGUUCCGCGUCCGGCACCAGCUCCGCCGGGUGUCCGACAGGCUCCGAUGCCACCAGGCCGUGGAGGACCGGCUGCUCCGCCACCGCCGGGCAUGCGCCCACCACCGGGAGCUCCGGGAGGUGGCGGCAUGUACCCGCCGCUGAUUCCGACGUGAGUUGAUAUUAGUUUGAUGCACAGACACUUUUCUUCUCUCUUCUUUUGGUCCUUCUCUUCUCUUAAAAAAAACACAAUCAAUCAAUAACAACACACUCUAGGCGUCCGGGACCAGGCGGCCCACCACCAAACAUGGCUCCGCCUAGAUAAUAUUGUUGUAUAAAAUCCCCCAAAUCACCACCAACUGACAAAAGGUUCGUACUACUGCUACAACUGUGAAACCACACCAGAGAAGUAUAUGCAUGUCGUAUUUGUGAAGUAAAUAUAUCGGUAUUAGUGGUGUGGUCCUGUAUUUGAUGAAAUAAUUUCAUUUUCCUGUGAUCUUUCAAGCUCUAUCCACAUUCGAAACAACGAAAAAGCUUUAUAAUUUUUCUGACACUCAAGAAACUUAAUAUUAUGGUAUGCAUGUAGUUGUAGCCUUGUGUUUUUUUUUCACGUACCCUCAACAAUCUUUGAUGUUUAGGAGAGCGCCAACACCAUCGAAUGGAGCUCCAGAGAUUCCGGCUCGUCCACAGGUCCCUAAAAGACCAUUCUAA